UAACUUAGAGUCGACGUGUGUUCAGUUAACGGCAACCCAACACUGAGCACAGCCUAAAAGGUGCUUUGAGUGCUGAUCCUGCCAAAGAGGAAGGCUCGCAGUCUGGGUGGGGCAGUUAAGGUGUGUUUGUCUGUCGAGUCACUGGGCUUAGCGACGGGAACCGCGGCUCAGAGACAAGUCCGCCCGUCUUUACAGAGAGCAGGCAAGUGCAUGAACAGACGAGUUUCUACUUUUGGGCUUUUAACGGAGACACCAAUCCAUCAUCCGUCAUUCUCCGGUUGUUUAACUUGCGGUGGAGUCCAGCUUCCUCCUACAGACCGGGGACAAAGUCCAUCUUAAGUUUUCAAAAAUGGCGAGGGUUUUAAUUUUCAACAUCUGCCUGGUGUUGAUGCUGUCCCGCGUGGAAUCGUGUUUCAUCUCGAACUAUCUAUACGUGCAUGUGCCACAAACAAUUCCGGCAGGAUACCAAAUCACAAAAGUUGAAGUUGCCGGCUGCGACGCCAAAUCUGUACUCUUUACUUUGAAGGACCCACGCUUUACAAUAAAGAGUAAUGGAGUAAUUGAAGCUUUAACUCCGGUGUCAGUGGCAGCGGCAGGGCAGACAUUUUCUGUGUGGGUUCAGGAAGAUAGUGGGCCGGGAAGUGAGAUGGAAGUUCACCUUGUCCACAAUACAAUGCAGCCAAGAGAGCACACAGGCCAAGGCUUCUUGAAGCGCUCCAAGAGACGUUGGAGUCCCCCGCCCUUCAACAUAAGAGAGAAUGAGAAGGGGCCUUUUCCAAGACGAAUUGACGAGGUUGUAUCAGAUUCCUCAGCCAAGUUCAGUGUGUACUACACCCUGAAUGGACCUGGUGUCAAUGAGCUUCCAGUGGGGGUAUUCUCUCUGGACGAGAAAAAUGGGACUUUAUAUGUGCUAAAGACAGUUGAUCGUGAAGAGUUCCCAUUAUUUACAUUAACGUGUCAUGUUUACAACCAAGUAACAAAUCAGGAGACAGACUCUCCUUUGGACAUCACCAUAAAAGUAGAUGACGAGAAUGACAACGCUCCAACAUUCCAAGAUGCACUGCAGUUUACUGUGCUCGAGCAAAGCAACCCAGGGACGGUGGUAGGCAAGGUGAAUGCUACAGACAGAGAUGAACCAGGAUCUCAACACGUCAAGAUCAGGUAUAGUCUCUUGACUGGAUCAGACCUGUUUGCCAUCCACCCAACUACAGGAGUCAUCACCACAGCAACUAACACCCUGGACAGAGAGGUAAAAGAAAAGCAUACUGUGACAGUACAAAUCAAAGAUAUGGACGGCGCACAAAAUGGUUUGUCCACCACAGGAACAGCAACCAUUGCUCUGGCUGAUAUCAAUGACAACCCACCCACUUUCACAAAAACAUCUUUUGAGGCCAGUGUCAUAGAAAACGAAAAUGACAAACUUAUCCUCCGAAUUCCUGUUGAAGAUAAGGAUUUAAUAAACACACCAAACUGGAUUUCUAAAUUCGUCAUAACUAAAGGAAAUGAAAAUGGAAACUUCAGGAUCACUACUGACCCUAAAACAAAUGAGGGGCUUCUGUAUGUUGCAAAGCCCUUAGAUUAUGAGAAGACCAAAAACGUAAAGCUUGACAUUAUGGCACGUAAUGAAGCUGACCUGAGUGGCACCAAGGCCCAAUGGCUGUCUGUUCCUGUGAAUGUCAAUGUCAUCAAUGUCGAUGAGGGUCCGGAAUUCGCAGCUCCCACUAUCCGCUUCAAUGUCAAAGAGAACACACCGAACGGCACGGUGAUAGGAAGUUACACAGCUAAAGAUCCCGAGACCCAGAGCAGCGAUGGCAUCAAGUAUUACAAGGCCAUAGAUCCAGCCUACUGGAUCAAUGUCGACAGAAACACCGGAGAGCUGAAGGUUGCAAAUACUAUUGACAGAGAGUCACACUUUGUCCAGGAUGGAAUUUACAACAUCACCGUGAAGGCUGUUGAUGCAAGCUCCAAGACAGGCACAGGAACAGUCAUCAUCGUGGUGGAGGACGUCAACGACAACAUGCCAACACUCCCCACCGGUGAGCUGGUGUUGUGUGAAAAGGAAGGAACGCUUGGCUCCGUGCUGGUUGUCGCUGAAGACAAGGAUGGGUCUCCCUUUUCUUCCCCCUUCAGCUUUAGUUUGCCAGACAAUAAUGAUGGCACAUGGUCUGUGACAAGAAUUAAUGACGCAACAGCAACGUUGCAGCACAUCAAAGAGCUUCCUACAGGGAUACAUACUGUUCCCAUCUACGUCACAGAUCUGCAGGGCUUUGGUAAAACACAGACGGUGAAAGUAAGGAUCUGCCAGUGCAGGAAUGGAGCCUGCUUGGCCAAGCAAAGCUCUGUGUCAUUAGGGCCACUGGCUUUACUGGCUAUGCUGUUGCCUCUUGCCCUCCUCCUUCUGCUCGGCCUACUCCUCGCCUUUUUCUGCAUGACAAAGGGUGACACAUUGGAACUGAAGGAUGAAGCAGACAGUGGUGGAAUCCUGCUCAAGUCAAACACUGAAGCCCCAGGGGGAAAAGUGAAACUAGCCUACCUGGGAACAGAGGAGGACGGCCGGUACGCAGACGACAUCAUCCACUCCUACGGGUUUGAAGGGGCGGGCUCUGCAGCUGGCUCUGUGGGAUGCUGCAGUGACUAUGGUGACAACGAUAACCUUGACUUCCUUAACACACUUGGACCAAAGUUCAAAACUCUCGCAGACACCUGCAAACACACAUGAACAAUAAAGCUCAAAAACAAUGGUGUUUACCUUACAGUAUACUGUACAGGAUGCAGAGAGGUCUGGGAUCUGAAUGCUUGGCAUGCCCCUAAACAUGAAUGAGGGGGAAAAAACAAGCAGAUGGCGUCAGUGUGUGCAUAUAUUGCUUUUUGUUUUUUGUUUUCUUUGCUGCUUUUUGGUCUUUUGCACUGAAAAUUAUGCAGAUGCAGUCAGUUGUACAUAUUUUGUGUUGUAUAUUUGUUGUUUGCUUUGGGUUUUUCCAUCCACCCAUUAGCUAUAUCCACUUAUCCUUUUAGAAAAUGGCAGGAGGCUUGUUUUGCAGGUUCAUAAUGGUAGUUGUAGUGAUAUGUUUUCUAUCAAUUACUAACAACUUUGGUAAUUUUGGUUCUCAUUAAUUAUCUUUGUUGACAGUUCAUGAAACAAUUUUGCAUUUGAGUGGCUGAUUUUAAAAGGUGUACUAAAUUUAAUAUAUUUUUUUAAAGAAAAAAAACCUUACUGCCUUUAAGUAUUUCACAUGAAAAUGCUUUAAUUCAAAUCACAUGCUGACAAUUAUCCACUGGUUUUCCAAGUCAUACAGUAAUUAUCUGUGCAAACGCAUUCCAGCACAGCUCUUGACCGCUGGCGGGGGCGUAGUUUCAGCCCUCAGUGUCAUAAAGGUUGCUGCAACAUUCUGACAGUAAUCCUGCAAAAGUCAGCACAAGGGUGUGAACGGGAGGAGUGAGGUGUUACUGACAUUGCCUGCAACUGUCUGAAUACAAUAGCGACCAGAUAUAAGAAAAGCUGAACAGAAAAGAAAAAUGUCCUGUCCUGAAUCUGACAUACCCAUAUGUGUAUAUUAAGUUGUCAAAGUUCAUUUAGUAUGGUCAUUAAAGAUUUUUUUCUCUCUGUGAAUUUAGGCUACUGUAGCAGAUGUUUUAUAUAAAUCUCAGCUUAAUCUAAUGGAAAUUCAGAAAAAAAUAAAUAAAUAAAUUGAUUAAGAAAGGGAUGCUGUAACUACUAAAUGCACUAAAGGCUUUUCUUACAGCUUGGAUUCCUUGUUACAGUAUGUUUUUUUUAUAAUUUUUUUUUUUUAUUAACAUUGUAAAAAAAAAAAAAAAGCCCUCCUGUUCAGUUUUGACUCUGUAUUUUGGCAUAAUGAUAAAACAGUAUAUUAAAGCUGAAA